CGAGAAGUUAGCAGAACAUGUGUUGAACUAGUCUGUAUGCGGAGUUUACAUGGAUGCUAAUUGGAUUUGACAUCAUUGCUCGGGCCUGCAAGUGGAUAACUCCUGCACACAGAUACAAGGCACACACACACACACACACACACACACGGUCUUGUAAGCUGUGACUGUGAACCGCGAACCGCGCUAUCAAGGAAAUUCCUCAGUCCUCCAGGGUCACCUCCGUGGGCUUUCUAUCUGGCGGUUUGUACAGCUGCACAAGCCUCUGUUUCCAACAGAAAACACACACAGAGCAAACUCUGUAUGGACAUGGUCUUAGUCACUCGAGAGGUCACUGGAAGCUGAAGUUAUUAUGCCCCAGCCACAGCACAGGCCUUUCACCAUGAUAGCACACUGACAUUGCAAAAGAACAGAAGAAGAAGCUUGUUGUGUAGCAUGACAUGAAGUGGAUCUGUCUCAUCAUCUAAAACUGCAGCUAAGCAAAGGAUAAAGCAGGACGCUCCAGGGAGACUCGAUGGCUACUGCAGAAAAUCAGAAACAGGUCGGGGCUGUAGUCCUGGCUCAGCGUGCUUCACCUCCAUCCACUGGGAGCAGACCCAGCAGCGAAGCAAGACACUCAAACGACGGCCAGGAAGUAUGGCGAUACUCUGACCAAUUGUGGCAUUCAAAACAGCGGAGCAGCCCGUCCCUCCUCUUAUAUAGGAAGUUGUCGUGUGACAGUGGGAAAGGGACAAAUUUGGACGAGGACUACGAGUCUUUGGAUUACAGCUCAAAACUCUCGAGUACCGAAGAGAAACUUUAUCCCGAGCUGUCAGCUGGCAAUGGAAUUGAAGGAAUAACUAACACAGUUACUCUGACACCUGGGAAAAGUUCAAAGGGAUCUCCGUGCCAGCUGGACACCCCCGGAGAGGGUGUGGAUGCAGCCAGGAACAGCACUGGCAGCACACGAUGCUCUUGCACCCUGUCGAGCCUUUACAUGAGUCCAAACGUGUAUUGUUGCCACAGCACAAGAUCCAGUCUGAGCCCCAGCUCCAACUCCAGCCAUGUCCAAAGUCCUCUCCUCUGCCCCGGCCCCUCUCAGCCCAACCAGCAUCGCAUCCGCCGCGGCAGCCUGCCUCUGUCUAUGCUGGCUUUUCAGAAGACAUCACCUGGCCUCUUGUGUGGGUGCAGUCCAUCCAGUGAACCGAACUCUUCGGCGUCGUCUCCCUGUAAUUCUCCCCUGCCCAAGCACCGGCAGCAUCACCAGAACGGACUCCUCCACCGGCACCAUCGCAAAAAUGGCUACUCCAGUUUAGAGAGGCUCAACAGAAGGCCCAGGGUGGACAAAUGCUCCCUGGAGAAACUAUUUCUAAGACGAGCAUCUUUCGAAACUAUGAGGACGAGCCUCAGGAGCGACGACAAGUCCUCCUCGGGGGUGACCAGAAACUGCAGCGGGGGCAGCAGCAGUGAUGAAGAGGAUGCAGAGGGUCUCUUAGAUAACGCAGAUUUCAUCAGGAACCGUAAAGAGCGUUCCACUGUCCUGGUGAGGCGCUUCUUCAAGAAUAAUCAAAAGGUGACCAAGUCGGUGUGCACUGGAACCAGAGCGAUUGUCAGGACGCUGCCAUCAGGACACAUCUCAGAGGAGGUCUGGGAAGUGGUUGUUAGUAACUGGAUAUGGCAACCCAGCAAGAAGGAUAUGUGGCCGAUCGUCAUGCGUGGCAUGGAAGAAGAAUUCAGAGUCUGCAGGGAGAUAUUACGUUUUGUCGGAGUUAAGCUACAGCAGGUUAACAACUAUGUGCAGGACAGAGAGGAACUCAACCUGAUUCAUCGCGGCAAGAAGCUCCUGCUGUCCUGCCCUGAAUGUGUGUGUCUCAGGGAGUCUCGCUGGCCAUCGCACGCUUUCAGCGGCAGCCCAGACGGACCAGAGCUGAAGCCCUGCCUCAAUCCCUGCUGUCGUCAUCCUUCUCACCCACCUAGGUUUUAUCGAGGUUGUGGCCAGAGGACGUCCGCGUGCUCCCUGCUGACCGGAGCCCUGCUGGAGGCCACGGCGGCUCUCGGUGCCCGCUCCGCUCUGCCCUACCCUUUGCCCCAGAUUCCCAACAGCCACGCCUUACUGACAGAGCGUCAGCUGGCCAACAGUAUGACCAGCAGCGGCUCUCUUCCUCCCAGUGUCAGUGGGAUCAGUAAGGAGCUGGCAGAGGUGCGCCACCUUGUUCAGUUCCCCGAGGAGAUCGCCUGCAUCCUCACCGAGCAAGAGCAGCAGCUUUACAAACGGGUCUUUCCCUUGGACUACCUCUGUUUCCUCACUCGAGACCUGGGCAGUCCCGAGUGUCAAACCAAGCGCCACCCAAACCUCAAGUCCUCACUGUCAGUGCCCGCCAUGCCUACCCAGAGUGCUCAGCGAAGUAACGGUGUGGAGGACCUGGUGGCACGGUUUAACGAGGUGAGUUCGUGGGUGACGUGGCUGAUCCUGACUGCAGGGUCCAUGGAGGAGAAGAGAGAAGUUUUCUCCUACCUGGUCCAUGUCGCUAAAUGCUGCUGGAACAUGGGAAACUACAACGGGGUCAUGGAGUUCCUGGCUGGACUCAGGUCCCGCAAGGUGCUGAAGAUGUGGCAGUUUAUGGACCAGUCAGACAUUGAGACCAUGAGGAGCCUAAAGGACGCCAUGGCUCAGCACGAGUCUUCUUCUGAGUACAAGAAGGUUGUGACCAGAGCUCUUAAUAUCCCAGGAUGCAAGGUGGUGCCGUUCUGUGGGGUUUUUCUUAAGGAGCUGAGUGACGCGUUGGAUGGGACAGCAAGCAUCAUCAGCCUCAAACCACCGCUGGUUAAUACAGAGGACUCAAUAGAGUUUGUGUCUGACUACGGCGGCCAGCACAACUUCAUGUCGCGCUCCGGUCCAGAUGGACUACACGUCCCAGAGAAAGAAGCCACUGUCAGCAACAUCCUCCAGAUUAUCAGAUCUUGUAAUCGUAGUUUGGAGGCGGAGGAUCCUGAUGACGCUUCCACCAGUCCCUCUUCUACUGGCCCAUUCCCUGCGUCUAGAAACAACUCCCUCAGAGACCGCUGCCGCAAUCAAUUCAUGGUGGGGGAUUUGUCAGAUUCAGAGGGCGACUUGUCGUCGGAGCCGGGGGUGAAAGAGGUCGAGUUUCAGGGGACUGAGGAGACGCACAGAGCUUUCAACCAUGGCACUGAGCUCAUUCCCUGGUACGUGUUGUCGCUACAGCCAGACGUUCACCAGUUUCUGCUGCAGGGGGCCACGGUCAUCCACUACGACCAGGACAGCCACCUCACAGCUCGCUGUCUGCUGCGACUACAGCCUGACAACACAACACUCACCUGGGGUAAGCCUCAGAGCGGAGGGGCUUCCCCCGCAGAGCAGCCACUGGGACUGGGACAGACUGUAGUGGCAGGACUAGCAGAGGGCCUCUUGGACCUGGGAGUGGUGAAGGCAGUGUUCCUGGGUCAUCAGGGAGUGGACGUUCACGCUGUGUGUUUGCAAAACAAGCUGAGUCAGAUGACGGUGGAAGAGAACGGUCUCAGCCUCCUCUACGGUCUCAGCACCACCGACAACAGACUCCUGCACUUUGUGGCCCCCAACAACACGGCGAGGAUGCUCCAUAAGGGCCUGUCAGAGUUGGUGAACGCAACCAGAAAAUUGAAGAAGUUUCCUGACCAAAGGCUGCAGUGGCUGAGGAAGCAGUAUGUCAGCUUGUAUCAGGAGGAUGGCAGGUACGAAGGCCCUACACUAGCUCAUGCCAUUGAGCUGUUUGGUGGGCGGAGGUGGAACAUGGGUACAGGCGGAGUGGAGACGUCUACCGCCCAGAAAAACAGCCCUCUGAGCAUCAACGAUAAGACCAAGAAGAAGAAGAAGGUCCUUGUCAGGGGAGACAGUGGGGAUGCCACGGACGACGAGAUGGUUUCCAGAAAAACCCGGAGCUGUAAGGAGGGACUGUAUCGGAACGGGCCGGAGUCCGACAGCAUCGACCAAGAAGAUCCAGAGGACAGCCUCCCUGGACCCUUCUCCCUCUCAUCCAGUAAAAGCCCCGGAUUGCUAGCCUCUUCCUCCUCCUCCUCCUCCUCUUCCUCCAGCAUGGCCGGGUCCAACCACUCCCGCCCGCAAUCUUCUCCGGUCCUCUCAGGAACUGCCAAGCCGCAGCCAGGGGCUUGGAGCAGCAGGUCGUGGCACGGUCGGGGGAAAGGCUGCUUCAAAGGCUUCCAGAAUCUCAUGAUUUCCGACAGCACGAUGAGCUUCAUCGAGUUUGUCGAGCUCUUCAAGUCAUUCAGUAUCCGAAGCAGGAAGGACCUGAAGGAGCUGUUUGACACCUUUGCUGUCCCAUGCAGUCGUUCGAGUCCAGAGUCUGCUCCUCUGUACACCAACCUCAGCAUCGACGAUAAAGACACAGGGCUACAGCCCGACCUCGACUUAUUAACCCGCAAUGGUUCCGACCUUGGCCUGUUUAUCCGGACGAGGCAGCAGAUGUCUGACAACCAGAGGCAGAUCUCAGACGCCAUCGCUGCGGCCAGCAUCGUGACCAACGGGACAGGAGUGGAAAACGCGUCACUAGGCGUCUUGGGACUCACCAUCCCUCAGCUCAAUGACUUCCUGGUCAACUGUCAGAGGGAGCACCUGAGCUACGAUGAGAUUCUCAGCAUUAUACAGAGAUUUGAGCCCUCGUCGAGCAUGAGACAAAUGGGUUGGAUGUCAUUUGAAGGCUUUGCAAGGUUCCUGAUGGACAAGGAGAACUUUGCCUCCCGUAAUGAGGAAUCCCAGAGGAACCCGGAGGAGCUGCAGUACCCUCUGUCCUACUACUACAUCGAGUCCUCUCAUAACACCUACCUGACUGGACACCAGCUCAAAGGAGAGUCCUCUGUUGAGCUGUACAGUCAGGUGCUUCUGCAAGGCUGUAGGAGCGUCGAGUUGGACUGCUGGGAUGGAGACGAUGGCAUGCCAGUCAUUUAUCACGGACACACGCUCACCACUAAAAUACCCUUCAAGGAUGUGGUGGAAGCAGUCAACCGGUCCGCGUUUGUCAAUUCAGACAUGCCCGUCAUCCUGUCCAUAGAGAACCACUGCUCCCUUCCACAGCAACGCAAGAUGGCUGAAAUCUUCAAGACGGUGAUCGGGGAACGCCUCGUGACACGCUUCCUCUUUGAAAGCGACUUCAGCGAUGACCCUCACCUGCCGUCGCCGCUGCAGCUUCGGGGGAGGAUCCUCCUGAAGAACAAGAAGCUCAAAGCGCACCAGGCGCCGGUGGACAUACUCAAACAGAAGGCUCACCAGCUGGCCCACAUGCAGGCCCAGGCUAGCAACGGGUCACCAGGGGUCACUUCAUCAGGCAACCACACCAAUGAGGAAGAGGAGGAGGAAGAAGACGAGUACGACUACGACUAUGAGUCUCUAUCAGACGAUAACAUCCUGGAUGACAAGCCCGAGGGGAAGAGCUCUGCAGACAAAGAAGAGCAACCUGUUGAUGAAAUACCCAAGAGGAUGAAGAAGUCUGAAAGCACCACGCAGAGCAAAGGAAAGGUGUUCGACAUGGAGCUGGGCGAGGAGUUUUACCUUCCUCAGAACAAGAAGGAGAGUCGACAGAUUGCCCAGGAGCUGUCCGACCUCAUCAUCUACUGCCAGGCUGUGAAAUUCCCUGGCCUGUCCACGUUGUCUCCAGCCAGCUCUGGCAGAGGGAAGGACCGGGGAAAGAGCAGGAAGUCCAUAUUUGGAACGGCUCCCGCUCCGACUCUGACCCAGAGCCGCACCCCUGGGAAAGGUGGAGCUGAGCGGCUGAGCUGGGAGGAACAGCAGACGUCUCCCGUCCUCAACCACCCCACCUCUCUCAGCGCCAUCAUCCGCACGCCCAAGUGCUACCACAUCUCCUCCGUCAACGAGAACGCCGCCAAGCGCCUGUGCCGCCGCUACUCUCAGAAGCUGAUCCAGCACACGGUGUGCCAGCUGCUCAGGACGUACCCGGCAGCCACCAGGAUAGACUCGACAAACCCGAACCCUCUGCUUUUCUGGCUGCACGGCAUCCAGCUGGUGGCACUCAACUACCAGACUGAUGACUUGCCCAUGCAGCUGAACACAGCUCUGUUUGAGGCCAACGGCGGCUGUGGCUACGUCCUGAAGCCGGCGGUGCUGUGGGACCGUAGCUGUCCGCUCUAUCAACAGUUCUGUCCGAUGGAGAGGGAUGUGGAGAAAAUGAGCCCCGCCGUCUAUUCCCUCACUAUUGUCUCCGGUCAGAACGUUUGUCCCGUUAACAGCGCUGGCAGCCCCUGUAUUGAAGUGGAUGUUCUGGGCAUGCCCAUCGACAGCUGCCACUUCCGCACCAAACCCAUCCACCGCAACACCCUCAACCCCAUGUGGAGCGAGCACUUCCAGUUCACCGUCAACUUUGAAGAGCUGUGCUUCCUGCGCUUCGCCGUCGUGGAGAACAACAGUUCCCAAACGACUGCGCAGAGGACUCUGCCUCUGAAGGCCCUCAAGCCAGGUUACAGACAUGUCCAGUUGAGGACGCAACAUAAUGAACCUCUGGAAGUGUCCAGUUUGUUUAUCUACAGCCGCAGAAUAGAGGAAGGUCCAACAGGGGGCGCUACUCCCUCAUCCCUGCUGUUCAGUUCGGAGGAGAAACAUGCGUCGCAGCAGCACAGGGUGACGGUGUACGGAGCUCCGGGCCCUGAACUCUUCACCGUGUUCUGUGUCACAGAGCAGACGACCGCCAAACAGCUGCUGGACACGGUCGUAGCAUCUGCAGGAAACCCGUCAGAGUACUUCCUCUGCGAGGAGAAGGUUCCUCUGUUGAAGGAGCGCAGCGAGGUGAAGCGCUGUGCUCAGCAUCGUCCUCUAGCGCCCGAGGAGGAGGUGGUGAGACUCGUCUCCAGCUGGAACUCUGAGGAGGGAUACGUGGGGAGGAUCUGCCUCAAGACGAGAGAGGAGAACUUGAACGAGAAGAACUCCGUGCUGGAGGGAGAGGAGGAGGUGACUCUGGGAGGUAAAGAAGGAGCAGCAGCAGCAGAGGACGAUAUGUUCUUUGUCCAGGUCCAUGAAGUUUCCCCAGAACAGCCGCACACUGUGAUCAAGGCGCCGCGCUACAGCACUGCUCAGGACAUCAUACAGCAGACUCUGUCAAAGGCCAAGUAUUCCUACAGUAUUCUAUCCAACCCCAAUCCAUGCGACUACGUCCUGAUGGAGGAAGUGACGAAGGACGCCGGCUCUAAGAAGUCCUCCACCGCCAAGCCGCUGCAGCGCGUGCUGCUGGAUCACGAGUGCGUCUACCAGGCUCAGAGCCGCUGGCGGGGCGCGGGAAAGUUCAUUCUUAAAUUCAAAGAGCAGGUGGUGCGGGAAGACAAAAAGAAAGUCAUUUCCUUCGCCAGCGAGCUGAAGAAGCUGACUAGUCGCAGCCGCAGCAUGACGACUGGCGGGGGAGUGGACGGUCCUGCCCAGAGUAAGGAUGAUAGAGCUGCAUGCUGUGUGGCUCUGACAGAGCUCCAGGAGUGAGGCUCACACUCGUGCCUGCUGUCUGUGCAUGGGAAGACAACAGAGGGUAUCUGUCUGCAGGGCUGAAGGCGUGGGUGGCAGAGGGCAGGGUGGGGGCAGGAAUGUUCCUACAGACCUCCUCCUCCUCCUCCUCCUCCUCCUUUAGGGAGCAACUCCAACAGGUGCACCUGCCCACCUCCUCUCUGACCCCCUCGGCCUGGAAGCUUUACCUGCUGAGGAACUGGAAGAUCCACAAAUGAAGUCCAGAGAGAGAGAGAGAGACUCUACUUCUAAACUUAGAGGAUUCUGCUUUACGUAAGAAGGCGAUGGCGUCCGACACACUGUGGGAUUCUGGGAUACGCUCCUCUGGAAGACCCUGAAGGAGUUUGACCCUGAGGGAGUUUGACCCUGAAGGAGUCUGACCCUGAAGGAGUCUGACCCUGAAGGAGUCUGACCCUGAAGGAGUUUGACCCUGAAGGAGUCUGACCCUGGGAGUCUGACCCUGAGAGUCCUGACCCUGAAGGAGUCUGAUCCGUCUGACCCUGACCCUGAAGGAGUCUGACCCCGCCUUGCGUUAGUUGAGCAAGUGGAGGAACGGGAUUCAGGCCUUCAGCCUUUUUUGCUUGGUUCGAAAGAUGGACAGGAGUUUCUCCCGGCGUCCCGCGUGCGGGGAGCAGGAAGCUCCGGCUCCAUCUUGGUUUAUUGGUUGUUGUGCGGCUCCACAGAGAGUCCGGAGAACCAGAGGCAGCUGCUGUUAUUGAAGUCGUCGGGUCUGUGAUCAGGGGCACAAAGUAUUCCUUCUCUUACCAAUAAAAAGGAGCACUUCCCUGAGUCACAUUCAAAAGAUGAAGAUGUAUGAGUGCCAGUUUUCUUUAUCUCCCAAAAACGACACCACAAGGAGGGGCUGCAAACUGAGUUUAGAGAACCACAAGAGUUCAUCGAGUGUCCUCGGAGAGGCUGCAGUUUGCUAUAGGAUGGGCUGUGUAAUGCUUUUGGUUCUUGGUAAGUUUGUAAACUAUUCCCUUUCUGGUGUGGCACACAGGAAGCACAGAGCAGACAGAGGGAGAUCUGCUGGUUGUAAAAAACAAAAAUAAAAAAGGAAAGAGAGAUGUAGGAGGUGAAACAGUUCUUCUCUCUUUCUCAGGUAUGGGCUCUUUUAUUCCUGAGGGCUUUGUGAAGGAGGCUGACAAGCUGGCUUGUUUGGUUCUUUUCUUACUGUUCCACUUUCACAGUACUGUAAGGGCACCUUUUGGGCAACAAAGCGUGAGCGACAUGUUCAGAUAUUCUGUAGUAGAAUGCUUUUCUUGGACACUAAUGUCCUCAAAGGACGUACGCGGACAGCAUUUUAAGGCAGUGUAGCUGUGCAAUCUUAACUUGUACACGGGCAAAUGUGAAACAACUUCUUAUCACUGUGAUUUAUUAUGAGGUCGCUCGUCUAUGUUGCCUUAAAAUGUUGCAACGCUGCCCCUUUAACUGUUGGUAACUCUGUGGCUGUAACCCUGAGGACGAUCUGCGGCUGGUUCAACAAAGGAUUUUAAUUCCGUCAUCACUAAUCAUGAUGUUAACGAGCAUCAAUAAGAUGUAUUUAUAGUCGUUUUGUUUUAGGAAUGCUGCUUUUAGCUUGGACAGGGUUGACAUUUGACCAAUUCAAAGCUUUACCUCGAGUAUUUUAAACAUUGGAAGGAGUGAAAGUUUUCACCUUUACCGAAAUAAAUUGACAUUUAAUUCCAGGUUUCUGUCCUUGACCGUUUUAGAAAGUAUUGAGGUUCAGUACCCAGGUCUAAUGGGAACAGUGCUAAACAUGUAAACACUUAAGGGAACUAAAACGAUUUCCUCCUUUAUAUGAAUGAAAUGAUGAUUUUAGCUCUAAGAUCCUUUGGAGACAAACAGCCGACUCGUCUUCAAACAGCAUUUUGCACAUUUAGUUUUUCCUUUGCUGUCGUCGUCAGUGUUUUUCUGUUGCUGUCUGAUAAACGACAGAAACAUUGAAUUGUUAUGAGAUGGUUAAAAGUUUUGUUUUUUUCAUAUUUAUUACUUUUCAUUUUGGCCCAGUAGCGAAUUUAGUUUUGAGGAAAGGACAAGUUUGGAUUGUUUUAAUAACUCUAAAAUCUGCUUCAUUGGCCUACAUGGACUCUUCCUGGUUUUGAACGCAGUACCUUUAUAUACGAGCAGCAUCGAUGGAUUGUCAGUAACGAUUGUCGGCUUUUCUUUAGUUCUACUUACUGCUCACUUCAAUUUUCUUUCACAAUUCACUCAACGUUGAUUCACUCGGGGCCACUUUCCUCCUUUUUUUCUGUUUUGAUUUGAAGUUGUUGAUUCAGUUUAGAUCAUUUUUUUUAAUCUGGUAUAGUUGUAUUUGGUAUUUCAGUUAUUAAUACAUAGAUAUUCCCUCUAGUGUCGUCGUGCGGAUCCUCGAGGAGCCCACUAAAACUCAACUGAAAAUGAGUUUUGUGCGUCGUUAAACUGAAAAUAAUCUGGGGUUAAGGAUAAAUGAUAUGUAAUGAGGUACAUUUGCUUAUUUUUAACCCACAUUCACAACAUAAAACUUAUCAUUUGAAAGCAGCUUUCUAAAAGUACAGUCACCAAGUACAAUGCUUUUAAAAAUGUCACACUCCACACAAAUGGUGUGUGUCCUUUUACUUUCAUUUGUCUUGAAGUAAAACUUAAUGAUAUUUGACUUUUAGUGCAAUAAGUUCUUUAAGUUUCCUUCACACACAAAGCUUAUGUUUCGUUAUUUGGUAAUGCGGUAGGACGGUCCCAAAGGCCAGAAACCACAACUCUACUUACAACUACCGAGUGAAAUCAGCUGAUAGAUCUAUGUGAAAGUCCACUGACUUUAAACAGAAAGGGACAUGUUCUGUUCAUGUAAAUGUGUAAUCUGAGUAUCUGUAUCUCUAGUUUUCCUUCUUUCUAACCUGUAGACCUCAUUUCUGAAUGUAACAUUUCUUAAUGUGUUGAACCUGAGACAAGUGUGUGUGUUUGAAUGUUAUUUAUUAUAAUGUGAAGCCCUGGUAGGCGAUUUAUCUGUUGUAUCGUUUCCUGUAAGUAGUUUUAAGUGUUAUUUUUUUAUUUAUUUCGAUAUGCGAGAAGAUAAACUCUCCACUGCCCUAAACUUUAGUCAAACUUACUUUUACGUGUAAAGUAUUCCGUAUAGAAUCCAUAUGUCCGGCAUGUUAGUCUGCAGUACACAGCGGCAUCUUUUAAUGCCUUUUAUUUCAUUUAGUUUUCACAAAUGUGGAUAAAAGUUGACUCUUUGAAACUUUGUCCAAACAUUUUUUUUGAAAAUAUUUUUGCUGUAUUGGUUAUAUCCGCUGAGACAUGUGUGUUUCAUCAUUAGCACUCUGUUGUUUCCAUAAAAUGUGCAGUAUACCCUUUAACAUCCACUAUCCGUGUUAUGACGUGUACAAGUGAACUUUUGUCUAUUUACUUGAAUUUUUAAAUGGAUGAGAAUUGGUGGAUUUGUCAUAUACCAGAUCACAAUGCAAAUAAAUAGUACUUACUGUUG